CUCGUACAUGCAAGGCUGUCCGGUUAAUUUCCGAUUUCCAAUAAUUGCAUUUCAGUUUUGAAAUAAACGGCUGUUAUCAGAAUCAUGCUGAAGACAUCAAAACCUGUACUGCAUACGAAUCAUAAAAACCUGUCGCAUUGUGAAGGCUACUUCGUGCGACAGCAGAGGAACAUUGUAUUAAUUUUUAAAGUUUGUUUUCGUUAUUAAUCAAAUUAUGAUUGCAUUCCUAAAACCUAAAAAGUAAUUUGUUUAGUAAAACGGAAUUAUUUUGAGGAUAUUGCUCGUAUUAUUGCUUUAAGUGUGUUCUGAUCUGACAGGAUGAAUUAUUCUAAUUUCUGAGCAUUGCCACGUCAUAAACUAACUUAAAUUUAUUCGAUCUCCCUUCUUCAAUUUUAAAGACUGUGAUCGUGAUCCUGUUAUGGGGAGAACUGGCUUUGCAAAACUGCCAACAAAGGCUCUUUUGUUUGUCAACAUGGUGAUACUGAUGAAUAUACUAAUCCACGUCAAUAUUAAUACAAAGAAGGACAUCAUUUUACUUAAAAAUGAAAAAUCUGAAACCACACAAAAUGAAGACGACAAAGAUAAGGGAUGUUGGAAUUUGAAACUGAGAGAAGAAAUGGGGAAUAAUUUGUACAAUUGUAAAAAGGGCCAAGAGCCAAUCAACAGAGGGGCUUUAAUGGAUACACUGGAUGAAUUCAGACAAGUGUACGACACGAGACCCUUUAACAAUAAGCAUGGCACGGCAAUUAUGCACCAGUUUGCACUAUGGUCGUUAAUACGACAUCUAGACCCUUUGUUCAUCAUAGAAAGCGGUGUCAAUACUGGCCUUGGAACCUGGCUUUUACGACAAGCCGCCCCAAAAGCGAAACUCAUUAUGCUCGACCCCCAGGAUCUCUUGAAAUUUCGAGAUGCCGAGGAUGAUAGUGUGUAUUUUAUCGGUCCCGAAUUUAAAGAUUUCGCCAGCAUCAACUGGGAAACCCUCAUAGAUGACAAGGAACGUACAGUUGUAUUCAUUGACGAUCAUCAAUCACAUUUUAAAAGAAUUAUACAAGCUCUCGAUUUGGGAUUCAAACAUUUAAUUUUUGACGAUAAUCCAUACAUAGGAGGGGAUUUGUAUUCAGUUAGACAGGCGUGUGAUGCAAGACGCUGUAUUGAAGACAGUCUUGGAAUAUCGGAAGGAUUUUCCAUUAAUUUGAAAGAUGAUUUCGGAAGAAGCAUGGAAACCGUAAGUGAAGAGAAGGCUCUAGAAAUGGCUGAGUUCUUAUUUGAUCAAAUAGACGUUUAUUUCGAGUUUCCGCCCAUAUGGGUAGCAAAUGUUGAUUAUCAUUUCAAAAGGUACUACAGCGUUUUGAAUAUCACGAGAUCUUCAUGGGGCCAGAUAAAUCCAGCGCCUUUACUGGAAGGAAGGGAUGCAGAUGAUUUCAAGGAAAGAUUCCAAUACAAACUCACGCGCUUUGACGAUUCAUAUGAAAACAUAUGUUAUGUGAAACUCAAACAUAAGGGAUGAACGAACUAUUAACAAUAUUGUAUAAUAACUAGAAAUGCUCUUUCUAUCUGAAUUUACCUUUGAAUUGAUCUUUUAAAUUAAAGUGAAAUCCCCGGCGAAAUCAUAUCGUUGAGUUGGUAUUUCAACAGCGAACAAAAAGCUAGGUUGCUGAAUUGUUCUUUAACUGUUUUAAUUGUAUGACAAUGAAUCAAAUCCUCCAUCCAAUUUAAUUUUGGUAUUUGGCAAAAUUACCCGGUCAUAGGCAAACACCAAACUAAAAGGUUUAAUAAGUUCGUAUUUGCUUAAUCAACA